GCUCCCCAGCACAACCGCCUCCGUCUCCGCAGGAAUCCAUGGGUGGCUGUGGGAGUAAACCCAAGGACAUCUACUGCGAGACACCUGAGGUGCCACGGGCCGACGUGAAGGCCCCCGCCCCCGCCGCCGCCGAGGCCGCUGAGGUUGUGGCCGCCGAAUCCGGCGAGAAUGCCAUGACGGGAAUCGAGGAGGAACCAGAGACGAGUGAGGCGAAGCACGAAGCGGAUGGGCCUAGCGGAGGAGACGGCGACGCGGACGCCGACGAGACCAACGUGGUGGAGGUGGAGGUGGAGGGGAGCACGGAGGAAGAGACCACGGCGGCGGAACAGAAGCCAUCACACGGUUGAAAUGGCACCUUCUCGCUUCUGCACGAGAAUAUGUGACUCCUCCGAAACGUGUUAUUGUUUGCAUGGAGAAGAAAUAAAAGAAAG